AUGGGCAUUCAAGGACUCCUCCCCGCCCUCAAGGAGGUCCAGCAACCGCGACACAUCUCCGACUUUCGAGGCAAGACUCUCGCGGUCGACGCGUACGUCUGGCUGCACAAGGGCGCAUUCGGAUGUGCUGAGGACCUUGUGAAGGGGCGCAAGACGACAAAGUUUGUCGACUAUGCCAUGUUCCGCGUGCGCAUGCUCCAGCAUCACAAGAUCAGGCCGUUUGUCGUGUUCGAUGGCGGGCCAUUGCCAGCCAAGCGGGGGACAGAGGACUCGCGUGCCAAAUCACGCGCUGAUCAUCUCGCUCGUGCCAAGAGCUUCGAAGCGCAAGGCCGGAUGAAAGAUGCGCGCGACGCGUACACCAAGUGUGUCGACAUCACACCCGAGAUGGCGUACCAGCUCAUUAAGGCGCUCCGGGCCGAAGGCAUCGACUACGUCGUCGCGCCCUACGAGGCCGACGCUCAGCUGUACUACCUUGAGCGCGAGGGGAUCGUCGACGGCGUCAUCACUGAGGACUCAGAUCUGCUCGUCUUUGGCUGCCAGACAGCCAUCUUCAAGCUUGAAAAGGACGGGUCGUGCGUGUCCAUCGAGGCCAAGCGCUUUGGUGAGGUGCGAGAGCUCGACCUCACCAACUGGACCGACCUCCAGUUCCGCCGCAUGGCCAUGCUCUCGGGGUGCGACUACCUCCCGUCGAUCCCCGGUAUCGGGCUUAAGAAGGCACACCGGAUGCUGCGACGUUGCAAGACGGUCGACAAGGUCCUGCAGUCCCUCCGCCUCGAGGGAGCACAUGUUAUCCCGCCCAACUACGCCGCGGACUUUGUGCGUGCCGAGAAGGCCUUCCUUUACCAGCGCGUGUUUUGCCCUCACGAACGCAAGCUGGUCUUGCUGAACGAGCCAGAGAAGGAGCUGAGUGAAGACGACGAGCAGUGGGUCGGCCUUGACAUUGACAUCGAGAUCGCCUGCGGGAUGGCCAAGGGUGACUUGCACCCCGAGACGCGCACGCCCAUCGAUGACCUCUGGCCCAACUUCCAACCAUCACCGAGGAAGGGUAAGAGCAAGGGCCUCGUCGCCCAUGUCUCAAGCGGGACACUGGAUGCAUUCAUCAAGCGGAUGCCACGCACAAAGUCGACCCCAGCCAUCAGGCCGAGCCAUCCUCGAAUUGGUGGCCUUGCGAACGGCCCAACGAGGUUGUCAGACCUCCCAAACGUCACUCCCAGGCCAUUACGCAAACACCACACCGAGCCUAGCCCGAUCCCGCCGCCGUGUGUCAGUGCCGGACGGACGAGUAAGUUUUUCACCAAGGACGUGCAGCGCAUCUCCGAAGAGGCCGAGGAGGUCAUCAGCCUCGUCUACGAGGAGUCGACGCAGGUAGCGUCGCCGCCACGGCAAAAACGCGAGGUCACGCCGGAGAACAUCCCAUCCCCGGUAGAGAGGCAUCGCUCGGUCUCGCACGUGUCCACGGUCCACAACUCGCCUGUCGCAGGACGACUAGUUCAUCUCGACGACGACGACGAUGGCGGCGUCCACUUUACGUCGCCCAUUUCUGUGCACUCGGGCUUUGACACGUCUCCAGGCUCGACUCCGAGGAAGAGCCGGAUCCUGAUAGACGAGUCGCAAUCGCCACGGCAAGAACCCUCGUCACCGACACCGACUCAGCGUCCCCGCUCAUCGCCAUGGCUAGUCCCUGCCACUCUCGCUGCAUCCCAAACCGGGGCAACGAUCGCCUCAUCCCAAAGAACAGAGUGGUCCGAGGAGGAGUACGGCCCGGAAGAUCAUGCCGUCUGCGCGCCAUUCCGGCCCAUCACGAGCGUUCUCGUACCUCCUUCGUCGUCAUGGUCGCGUGAUGCCCAACCUGCUAAGAGUACGCGCCGCCAUCACUCGUCUGAAUCGGCGCUCGACGAUGAGAUCGUCACGCCGUCGCCGGUGGCUGGUUCGAAGCGUAGGAUAUCAAUCGAGGAGGCCGACCCAGGGGAGCAGGCUCGACUGGCGCGCGCGUUGAGCGUCGCAGCUGGAUGGCGCGAGAAGUAUGCCCUCAAGGCGCCGUCGUUCACCACACCGGCACGCCGCCUCAGCGGCCGCCCAUCCGUGCCCAGCAUCCCGGUCACGGCAGCGUCCAAGGUUCUCAGUCCUCUUCCCGUCAACAUUCAACACGAGCGCGACUGUGAAACGCCAAAACCCGCACGCCUACCCUUACCCGCCAAGCCGCAACAUGUAGCAGCAUGCCGCCAGCGAAUGCCGAAACCUAGCCCUCAGCCGUUCGGCGUGUCUGGCUCGACACUCGAGCGCUUCCGUUACAAGAGACAGUCCCCCGCUCCCCGCUCCUUAGUCCUCCGCCUGCCGCCUGCCGCCUGCCGCUUCAGUACGUACAGUAGUAGCAAGGCGCUCAACACCAAGGCAGCUCUUCACACCACCCAAACCCUCUCCACCACCAUGCACGCCACACUCGUCCGCAACGCCCGCACCCCCCUCAUCCAGUUCAUCGGCAAGCGCGCAUGGCCAUCCACGCCGCACAAGCCCGGACCGCACCCGUACGCGCCCAAGGAGAUUGCCGACAACUUUGCCUCGUUUUCCGCAAAGUCGCAGGCUGCGCCCGCGUCGGCUGCGUCCGCGCACGCGAGCGCGUACGGCACAGGCUUCCUGCCGACCAGCAAGAAGCCUUAUGACUUUGAGAACUUUUACGAGGCGCCCGCGUAUUACUGGCAGCACAAUGAGAUGACCGAGCGCGAGAUUGAGGCGGUGAUGAGCGGCGGUGCGACCGACAUCCGCACGGGGCCGUAG